AUGCCUGUCUCUGUCGUACGCCACUCUGAAGUCGACGUUCUCAUCAUUGGGGCUGGCCCUGCUGGGCUCAUGUGUGCGAAUGCUCUGGCAAAUGCGAGAGUAAAUGUUCGGAUCAUCGAUAAAAGGGUUGCUAAAGUAACAGCUGGUCAGGCGGAUGGAAUUUCACCUCGUACUAUUGAAGUUUUUCAGAGCUAUGGAAUUGGAGAGCGCCUUAUAAGAGAAUCUUGUCAAGUCCAUCUAGCGGCUUUCUACAACCCUUCCUCGACUGGUGGUAUCGAGCUUACUAACCGAGCACCAGAUGUGACAGCUCCGUCUGCAAGAUAUCCAUUCGAGCUCGCGCUCCAUCAAGGAGCAAUUGAAUCUAUUUUCUUAGAUUCUAUGGAAGCACUUGGAGUCUCGGUUGAACGAUCAACAACACCAACUUCGAUAGAGAUCUCCCAGGAUGAAAAUGAGUUGAUGGAUCCUACAUCACAUCCAGUUCGCGUUGCGCUCCAGAAACUAGACACAUCCGAGGGUCAACCACAAGAAGAGAUUGUUCAUGCUAAAUUUGUUCUCGGGGCCGAUGGCGCUCACUCAUGGGUCCGCAAAAAUUUUGAUAUUUCGAUGGACGGAGAACAGUCUGAUUUCAUCUGGGGUGUCUUAGACAUGGUGCCUGAAACCGACUUCCCGGAUGUUAGGAAUAAGAGCCUUAUACAUUCCAAUUAUGGCUCGUGUCUUCUCGUACCCCGAGAAAAAGAACGCAUUCGCAUAUACAUGCAACUGGCGGACAAAGAUCUCAUCAAUCCAGCAACAGGCAGAGUAGACAAGGAGAGAAUGGGUCCGGAGCAGUUGCUUGAAGUUGCCCGAAAAUCGCUUCAUCCUUACAAGCUUAACCCUACGAAUGGGAUUUCGUGGUGGACACUAUACAUCAUCGGACAACGAGUAGCCUCAAAGUUUUCCAUCAAAAAUCGAGUAUUUAUCGCCGGCGAUGCCUGCCACACACACUCUCCGAAAGCAGGACAAGGAAUGAACGCAAGCAUGAACGAUGCCCACAAUAUAGCUUGGAAAAUUGCCCUAGUUGUUCGUGGUUGGGCAGGCACGUCGCUUUUGUCAACGUACGAAUCAGAGCGCCGUAAAUACGCAUUAGACCUAAUCGCGUUCGAUAAAACAUUCUCCACCCUUUUUUCUGGGAAGCCCAUGACUGAGCAGAACAGCGAUGGGGUUUCACACGAACAGUUCUUGAAGACUUUCCAAACUUUCGGAGGCUUCACCAGUGGCAUUGGGGUACAUUAUAACCCUUCGGUUGUAGUGAAUGACAAAAACCAAGAGCUGGCUAGUGGUCUCGUGAUUGGCGAACGCGUCCCUCCACAGAAAUUCCUCCGUGCUGCAGACGCGUGGCCCUUUGAACUCCAAGACCUUCUUCCCUCGGACUUCCGCUUCAAACUGCUCGUUUUUGUUGGUGAUUUCAGCAACCAACUUCAGCAAGCGAGGGUUGAGUCUAUGGUCACGGACAUGCAGAAACCUGGGAGCUUCCUGAACCUUUAUGCGACGCCUGGCAAGAGUUCUGUGGACUCACGAUUUGACGUUAUCACGAUCAGCCAAGGCCGGAAGGAAGUAUUUGAUUUCUUACGGCUCCCCACGCUUCUUCGCUCUCACUGGUCAAAGGUGUUUAUUGAUGACAUCGAUGUCACCGGUAGCUUCGGGGGCCAAGGUUACUCAUAUUACGGUGUGGGUCUUGAGGGCGCCCUGGUUGUUGUUCGCCCUGAUGGCUAUGUUGGAGCCAUCGCGCCCCUGGAUCGCGCUGAAGAGCUUGAUGCAUAUUUUGCAUCUUUCAUGAAGAUUGCUGUGUAG